CAUCGCGGGUCGCGCUGCGCGGGGCUUAGCAUGAGAUCACUUAUGCCCACCAAGGUCACUCGCGCGACGGGCACUUCUGCCGCGGCGCGAGUCGCAGGUAGGUCGGCAAGGGGAGCAGUGCGGCGCCGGAGGAAGCCUCGUGUCGCCCUGACAGGUCUGACACUACGAAACCAUCAAGAUGGCUUCCGCUCACCUGAGGCGGGUGGCCGCUGGAACAGCGUUCCUUGGAGCAGGUGCUCUUGCUGCGUCUUGGCUAACCAGUGAAGCCCCCAGCCGAGUUUCAGCAGCUGAAAUCAGUGGAAAGAAACUACGAGCAAAACGCACUCUCCCUCCUCGCGAUGAACAGAUCAAAUCACUUCAAACUGAAGAUGAAUUUGAUGUUCUCAUUAUUGGUGGAGGUGCUACUGGAGCUGGAUGUGCUCUGGAUUCAGUUACUCGGGGCCUGAAAACAGCUCUUGUCGAAUUGGACGAUUUUGCAUCUGGCACCAGCAGUCGUUCAACCAAACUUAUCCAUGGUGGUGUUCGUUACCUCCAAAAAGCGAUUUUUAAUUUGGAUAUUGAUCAAUAUCGGAUGGUGAAAGAAGCUCUUCAUGAGAGGACCAACAUGUUGGAGUCAGCACCACACUUAACUCAUCCUCUACCCAUCAUGUUGCCUGUAUACACGUGGUGGCAGAUACCAUACUACUGGGUGGGCAUCAAGAUGUACGAUUUGGUGGCGGGCUCAAAAAGUGUGAAGAGCAGUUAUUACCUUUCAAAGAAGGAUGCCCUAGAACUCUUCCCUAUGUUGCGUGGAGACAAACUUUGUGGAGCUAUCGUUUACUAUGAUGGACAACAAGAUGAUGCUAGGAUGUGCCUUGCCAUUGCUCUGACCGCUACUCGACAUGGAGCAACAGUUGCAAACCACGUUCGUGUCACCAAAUUGAUCCACGGCCAAGACGCUACAGGCAAGAGGGUUGUCCAGGGAGCUUCACUGCGCGAUGAGUUAACUGGCAAAGAGUGGGAUGUAAAGGCGAAAUGUGUCAUCAAUGCCACUGGUCCUUUCACUGACUCCAUCAGGAAGAUGGAUGAUCAGAAGGUGAAAGAAAUCUGCUGUCCAAGCUCUGGUGUGCACAUUGUGCUUCCUGGAUAUUACAGCCCUGACCAGAUGGGACUCCUUGAUCCUGAUACAUCAGACGGACGUGUCAUCUUCUUCCUGCCUUGGCAAAGACAGACUAUUGCCGGAACCACUGACCGUCUUUGUGAUGUAACCCAUGAUCCAAAGCCCACUGAAGAUGAGAUUGAGUUUAUUCUGGGUGAAGUGAAGAAUUACCUCAAUCCUGAUGUUGAGGUCAGGAGAGGUGAUGUAUUGUCGGCAUGGAGUGGUAUCCGUCCUUUGGUCUCAGACCCUAACAAAGAGGAUACUCAGUCACUUGCACGAAACCACAUUGUCCAUGUCAGUGAUUCAAACCUUGUGACAAUUGCUGGUGGCAAGUGGACAACUUACCGUGCUAUGGCAGAGCACACCAUAGACGCAGCUGUUAAAGCAUGCAAGCUACCUGCUACCAAAGAAUGCCAAACUGAUGGUCUUUUGAUUGAGGGCGCUCAUGGUUGGACUCCUACCAUGUACAUUCGACUUGUACAAGAUUUUGGUCUGGAAUGCGAGGUCGCCCAACACUUGUCAAUGUCCUACGGUGACCGUGCCUUUGCUGUAGCAAAGCUGGCCUCUUUGACUGGCAAACGCUUCCCCAUUAUUGGCAAGAGGAUCCACCCUGAGUUCCCCUACAUUGAUGCCGAGAUUCGGUAUGGUGUGCGAGAGUAUGCUUGCACAGCUAUUGACAUGAUUGCCCGCCGCCUUCGACUAGCCUUCCUGAACAACCAGGCAGCUCAAGAAGCCCUGCCAACUGUUAUUGAUAUUAUGGCUGAAGAACUCAAGUGGAGUGAGAAAGAAAAGAAGGUUCAGUAUGAAAAGGCUACUGCUUUCCUUGCUGAGCAGAUGGGACAACAGGUGAACCGUGCUUCCAGGGAGAAGAUGAGCAUUAACCUGUCCAAGGAUGAAAUGCAGUUGUACAUUAAGCGCUUCCAAAUGAUUGACAAAGAACACAAGGGCUAUGUAUCUAUCAAUGAUAUUAGGCGAUCAAUGAAGAGCUUUGGUGAAGAUGUGUCUGGAGAAGAAUUACACGAAAUCCUCAAAGAGAUUGACACCAACAUGAAUGGCCAAGUUGAGCUUGAUGAAUAUCUGCAGAUGAUGUCAGCAAUUAAGUCUGGUGCUGUGGCAUACUCACGGUUUGCACGUAUGGCUGAGAUGCAGGAAGCCGUCGUUGAGAAAGAGGGUCUUAUGAAGAAGGUUUCGGUGGAGCGCAGUGGAGGUGGCGUUUAAAUCACUGUUAUCAAUCAUGCUUAUGUCCGUUUUAAGCAAUACUCAUUUACAUGUCACCAUCACCUAUGUAAUUCUGUCAGAAUUGCUGUCUUCUCUAUCACAAAGGCACUUCAUGACAAGUGGGCCAUCAUGCUAUUAUGAAAGUUUGUCUGGUUCUUGGGCUGGUAUGCUAUAUUGGGCUCAAUGGUAGCACAUUAGUUAUGCUUCAUCUGUUCACUGCUUGAAAAUUUUGUUUGGAAGCUGUCGGGAUAUUUUCAUAUUCCAUCUAAAUUUAGAUUAAUUUCCUUUUCUUAAAUGAAAAUUCUUUCCAGCUUUUAAACAAAUUUCAUAUAAUGGCCUGCUUGAUGUGAAGUGGCCACAAACUCUUGAGUUUGUUAUGUAGCUCCACUCUCUGUAGAGACAGGUUUCUCUCUUUUGGAACACUAAAAAAUACUGUCCUUUAGCUACUUCAGUAUUUGCUACAUCACUAUGGAAUCCCUCUGGAAAACCUCAGAGGAAUUUUUACAAUAAGGAAAGUAAUUAUAAUAAUUGUGCCAUUAAUGAAAAAGGCAGCAGAAUGGCAACUAGGGACAAUGAACGAACGUUCUUCUCAGUGUCACUGUGAAUGUUUUCUUUCUGCAUACAUGGUGUAUGUAGCUACAAGUGGGCUAUUUUGCUCAUGCUUUUUAAGGUGUUGUGAAAAAAAUAUGCUAUGUUGUUUGCAAGGGACCUUCUACAUGUUUUUCAAUUUUGUACACAAAUGUGGCUUGGGAGUGGGCCUUUUGUAGAAGGGAGAAAAAAAUAACUACUUAAAUUUCAUCAUGUACCUUGCUUAGGGGUUGGUGUGCACUCCUGUUGACGGACAAAUUGUGUAUACAGAAAGUAGGUGACUGGGAAGAAUCUUAUUAUUAUCUGCAUAGAAGUCACUAUUCUUCUUUUCUCACUGUGUCUUCUAGUCGUAUGUUCUUCUACAUCAGUAAAGUUACAUAAUGAAUCAACUAAUUGAAUCUCCUGAUAAUUGAUUGUGGUUCCUUAGGUUAUUUUGUAACUUUGAUGACACAUUUAGUUAUCUCUGUUAUUUAUUGAAUGAACUGUAUCUUGGUCACCUAUUGUCAAGACCUUUGUGCUGUGUCAACAGAUAGAAGCUUAUCUGUCGCGUUAUGGUAUUGAUUUCAACUUGAAAUUUGAUAAUAAAUAAUAUUUUUGGUGUCAAUGAAUUCAGGUUGUUUUGUCUUACAACUGUGGUAAUUUAGCAUUCGGACUACCUCAGCACUCAAAACAGAGGCAUGCUCUCAUUGCACGGUGUAAAGCCACUAUUUUAAAAAUUAGUGAAUGGUUUAAAUUUCUAUCAAGUUUCUUGUUUUGCUAGAAAUCAUAGGUUUCAAAAUAAGUCUUAUCAAAUCAUGUUGAUAUGAGCUUGAUGCUUCCAGUUGGUGGUUCUUGUCAGCAUGCCAUUGUUGUAAGGUUUCUAGUUUAUUCCCUUAGCUGAAUGUUUCCCAAAAGGGCUCCCAAAAAUAAAUUUACUGUAAUUUCCGUUAAUCUGUACUAUAUGCCCUUAAAUAUUUAACUAACAAUUAGGUGGUCUAAAUACCUUUCUAUUUUCCGAUUUUCUUGUUUUUUUUUUUUUUAAUCUAAGAAUUGUGAGUACUAUUCUUCUUUCACUGUUGUAACCACAAACUGAUAGUGACUGAAAGGAUGGAUUUCUCAUGCUGAGUGCUCUUGACUGCAAUUGAAUCAACUACUUUAAUUUUAGGUAAUGUAUGUAUUUAUCUUUCCUUUUGGCAUGUUUUGUGGACUUUCUUAAUCAAGAGUGUGAAGAUAGCCCAAAUGGAUCUGUAUGUUGUUUGCACGCAAACAAAUAUCUACCUUUGUGUUUGCUAAUAUUCUUUCAGUGCAGUGUAUGAAUGGAAAACUUUAUGUAUGUGCUUGUUCUCAGAAAGUUGUGCCCUAGUACACCUCUCUGAAAUUUUUAAUUUACUUUUAACUAUUAUCUUUUUCUAAAGUAAAUGUAUCACUAUUCAUCUUUCUUUUUACCUACACCUUUUAUGUUAACAUUUUGGUAUUAUUUUUCUGUGAUUAAUAUUUAUUUUAUUUAAUUUUACCUUAUUGUCCUUUUGUUUGUUUUUUGGUUUUGUUUGAAGAACUGUAUGUAACUUGAAUCUGCUACCUUUCAAUGAAUGCACUUUUCUUUGUUGUUUGGUGCUUGAUAUGUUUUGCUUUUUUCAUUGUUGGGAAAAAUGCCCCACUUGAAAUUGGGCUUUUCAUAGACAUUGCUCGCUCAGUCGUACUCUCCUUUUAAGCCUUCCAUCAUAUUUGUUCAUUAAGUGUUGGAUUAGUGUGGGUUGUGUCAUCUGCUUUUAUGUGUCAUGGUCACCGGUUUCAAUAGCAGCAACAAAUGACAGCUUCAUUGUUUUAUUAGAGGGCUUUAAAAUUGCCAGUACAACUCAAGGUCUUUUUCCAGGCGGUGAACAUUAUCUGCAGUAGAAAUGGCCUUCGUGUUCCUACAGCUACUGUUCCAUCUCCUGAGCUGUGACUUCUCAAGGAAAAGUACCUCAUUAUUUAUUUGAUUGAGAUUUUUUUU